AUGGUCAAAGCAGAGGCGGCGAUAUACACCAGACCCGGAGGCGGAGUCUUCAGAGGCACUCUACCCGACCCUGGACUGAGCAGCGCAGUCCCAGCACCGGCCCUCGACGAUGCUGUCGACGAACUUGCAGCUCUACAGCUUAUGGUCACCAGUCAGGAUUUGCCAUUCGGCUGGGAGUUCGACGGCACGGAUGCAAAGCUCAGCGACAUCUUCGCGGACAUCAGCACGAGGAACAUGACGCCCCACGAGCGCGCGGCGUUCACGCAGGGCAAGCGGAAGGAGCUGACGGAGUUCUUCGGCAAUGACGUCUGGGAGUUUCACAAGCCCACCGGGGAGGAGGACCCUCGGCGGAUGCUCAAGGCGAAGUGGGUGCUCAAGUGGACAAAGAGCGACGACGGCACACCACGUGCCAAGGUGUCCAAAGACGCGGCAGAGCUCAUGGGCAUCGAGCCGAAUACUCUUAUGAAGCUCAUCAGGCCAAUGCACGGCCAGGUGGGCGCACCGAGGCGUUGGUGGCUACGUGCGGUGGACGACCUGAAGGCCAGCGGUCUCAAGCAGCAUCCUUUGGACCACUGCGCGUUUCGCAGUUUCGAUGAGGGCGGCAAUAAUGACGGGUUCACUCUACUCUAUGUGGACGACAUGCUGGGAGUAUUUAUAGUCGAGCUAUCUCACUGA